AUGGAAGACCAAAUAACAUUAGACGAACCACAAAUUAGCGAAAUCGUCACCAUUCCUGCAGAUUUCAAUAAAUGGAAAACUCAGAUAAUAUCCGACUUUAUUAGUAAUUUUAAUGAUUUAAAUAGUGCAAGUAAACCAAGAUGUAAAGGCAUAUAUAGGAACUUAAACUAUUGGUUAGAUGACAAUCGUGAUGAUUUUGUUUUAAAUAAGGCUGCAUUAUUUGGUAUAAAUUCCCCUGAGGAUAUAUGGCUGAAAGAGAUCGAAGAACCAUUAGUGAAGAAGAUUGAAUCAUUGGAUUAUUUAUCAUUAUUUAAAAGAGCUCCUUAUAAAUUUCCAAAAAAUCUAAGAGAUGUAUUAGGUGAAGUAGAAGAAUUUUUAGAUGAAAGAGAUAUAUAUGUGCAAGAACUGAACAUAGAUUGUAAGUCAAAUGAUUAUUUAAUGUUUAAAGAAUGGAUAAAUGAAAAAAAAGAUUACUUGACAAGUCACGCCGAUUGGCACUUGGUAGAAAAGAGUAAAGAAGAUAUUCCCUCCUCAUUGAAAUCAAGAUUCGAUGUAGACAAUGUGUUUAAUUCUGAAUACUAUUGCAGUGAGACUUACAUGCGCAACAAUGGUUUAAUGAAUAGUGCAGCAUUAAAGGGUGCACAACCAGUUACUUUUGUAAAUAAGGACCUUUCUGCAAUACUCACUAAAGAUUUCUGGGCUAAUUUUCCUCAAAGUCUGAUACAUUCUAAUAAGUUAAUAACUCUCGGUUUCAUUGUUUUUCAAAUUUUUUUAUUAGUUUUCGUUUUUAAAAAGAUCUUUCCAAGUGAUUCUUCUUCGGGUAAAAAAAAAGGAUUCUUUGAUGAUGAUGAUGAUGACGAAGAAGAAUAUAUUAAUUUGGAUAGUUCAAUAGAUCCAGCAUUACUUAAAAAGGGUAAUAGAUCCAAAAACGAAUACUAUGCGUUUUAUCCUGUUAAACCAAAGAAAGCAAAAGAUUCUGGAAGUAGUGACGAUCAAAAGGAAGGUGAAUCAACAAGUUCAUCAGAUAAUGAAGAUGGUGUAGAUAAAACAAAAAGUGAAAAUAUACCUGAUCAAAUUGAUCUAGAUAAUUUAAAGAAAAAAAAUACUUACGUAUUCCCAAAUGAAAACAAUGAUGGAUUGAUUAUAAUAGAUGUUUUCGUCCCAUUGCAUAAUACUGGAGAUGUUGUAGAAUUAACAAAAGAAGAAGUUUUAGAUGUUUGUAAGGAACUUUUUAAAAAUAAAAUUAAAAAUAAAGUAGAAUUAACUGAUGAUGAUAAAGAAUUAGUCAAAAAUGGUAAGAAGUACGUUGUUUUAUAA